CAAAGCUGUAUUCAAAUCGAAAGCCAUUAAGUAAUUUCUCGAAUAUUAGUGAUGAAAUAUUUUAUAAAAUAAAUCACAAUUUUCCCAUUGGAGGCUAAAAAAUUCUAACUCUGUUUUCCAGUCUUUGUUUUUUCCCCUGUUUCAGAAAGAGUAAAUUCACAGUAUCCCAAAUUCACACAGAUUCCCAUCUCUCUCUCUCUUCAAAACUGUAACCGUACACACACAAAACGCACAAACAUAUUCAGCCAAAAAAAAACCCCCAAAGCACAAUCAGUUCGUGCUCGCUUUCCACUCAUGUUGAUUCAGAAACCUUAGAUUUUUCCUCUGAAAAAAAAGAAACGAAUUUCUCUGCUUUCCGUUUUAACACUCAAUUAUUUGCUGCAAUUCUUCUCUUUCAACAUUAUUGUUUCCUUUUUCCACUCCCAUGCUUUUCGAUUUCUGAGAAAUUCCUCCAUGCCCUGUCUCCAUUUCUCUCCAAGAUUCAAUCUUUCAGCAUUUUGCAUGUUUCAUACGUUGUAGAGAGAGAAAGAAAUGUCUGAAACUGCUAAAGUUCGUUUAGUUCGUUGCCCCAAGUGUGAGAAUUUACUGCCGGAGGUCACUGAUUUCUCUGUUUAUCAAUGUGGCGGUUGUGGCGCUGUCCUAAGAUGCAAGAACAAAGGUGUUGACUUGGACACAUUCUCGGAGAAGUCUACUGAGGAAAUGGUUGGUGGUAACGUGGAAAAGCUUUCUGAUAGAUAUGAGAAAAUGGUGAAUGUUUCUGAGAGGAGAGGGAUGGAGAUGAUGAGUGAUGGCUCUGAGUCGGAUGUGAGGUCGAACGUUAGUUCUUCGAGCCGGGCUGAGAGGAGGAGAGCUCGCGAGAGGGCUGAAAUCGGUAGGAAUGGUUUAGGUAAGGAGGAGAGCUGGGAUGUUGAUGGUGAUGUGAUGAGAGAUAGGAGGUUUACUGAAAUCCAGCAGGCGAAAAUGGCUCGAGAUUUUGAGGAUCCUGUGUUGUUUCGUGAUAAUGAGGCCGGCUUGAGAAGGCCAGGCCGGGUUGGGGAGAGGAGUGACGAGAUGGAGGGUGUUUGGAGGGCUCAACGAGUGGAUCCGGGGGCUGGAAGGCGUGCGAAAGAUGGCUCGUUUGAUCAUCUAUCCGCAUCUAGUUAUGAUUUUGAUGAUCCAUCUAGGAGUAGGGGUGGUGGUGUGGUGGAUGGAUUGAGCAAUGCUGAAUUUGUUGAAGAUGAUCGGGCCGAGCUUUUGAGGCAGUUAGACGAGCUUAAGUAUAAGCUGAGUCUUUCGGGCAAUCUCAACGACAAGGGGAAAGAGAAGGCUCCCCUCGAUAGGAGGAUGCAUUCUCAAGAUCCAUAUGCGUCUGAGAAUGAGGCGAUGAUGAUGCAAAGCUCGUUGAAAAGGCCGUCUUUUCAGAAUCAGUACACCGAGCCGCCUCAUUUGAUGCGUAGGCAGGAAAUGGGGGAGAAUGGUUUUUAUCCUCCGAGGUAUGCUCCAAGUCAUGUUCAAGGAUAUGGGAAUCCAUCGAGGUCUCAUCUGCGCCCAUCCGAAGCUCAAGGAGGGUUUCAGAUGCCACCUGCGCGUGGCUAUGUGUCUGGACCUUUCGUGGAUGAUGGUGUGGCGUAUAUGGAUAACAUGGAACCGUAUCCUGCUGAAUUCAGCCGGCACCAUCCAUCUUGCUCGUGCUACCAUUGUCGUGCCAAGGGACCAGUUUCUAACCCAACGAUGCAAGCUGCGUAUAGUGGUAAAUACUCCAAUAUGUUGGAUGAUCGUGGCUCGUUUGGUGCAAGAGAUCACUACAACCCGAGAGUUCAUGAUCAGCCUCCAUUGAGGCCUCGUGCCACUCAAAGUCAUGCAAGAUGGCCUAGUGAUGUGAACUCUGAGGUGGAUGGUUUCACACGUCGUCGCCCUGCUAGAGCCCAUUUGGUUGGUGGCGGAAAACACUGCAGCCCUUUAGCCGGUGGCGCUCCUUUAUUGACCUGCAACAGUUGUUUCGAGGUGCUAAUGCUGCCUAAGCUAGCCGUGAGCAAGAAUAGCAGCAGGAAGAAGCUCAGAUGUGGGGCGUGCUCUUCUCUCAUUGCUUUCGUCGUUUCAGGCAAGAAAAUGGUCGUCUCACUCGACAUGGAGGCCAAGAAUGGUCCUCCAAAAGCUGACAACGAGCGUGCUGUGCCUUCAAGACCAACGGCUGACAACAAGCGUGAUGUGCCUUCAAGACGAGGCGACACUAAUCCGAGCCAAACUAGGACAGCCUUUUCAUCUGAGGAUUAUGAUAGCUCCGGUUACGAUUUCCACUCCAUGGAUAGAGAAGUGUCUCGUCCGGGGAGAGAUAGCAAGCCUAUCGAGACCAGGCUUCGUCAUUCUACAUCCACGUACGCUUCUGAUGCCGAGGAAGAACCACAAGACUUCUCCUCAGCUGCUGAUAUUCCAAGAGAGGAUAAAGGGCCUCAACCUCCUUCAGGCUCCACUCUUCAAGAUUACUUUGAGCAGCCUUACUUAGACAGUAAUGAAUUCUCCGAUUCCCAUUCGAAUAAGCAUCGUGUGGUGAAGGACUCUGGUGAAGGAAACAGAAGUGGGCACUCUGAACGCGGUCUAAUUGACAGAUCUUUACCGAGCAAGACAGGUGCUAAGCAGAUUUUGAGGAAAGAGUCCACAGCUACUGAGAUAGAUAUAUCAUCGAACGAGUUCUCCAACACGGGGUCCACCUUUGAAUCGAGUGGAGCGAGCAGAGGCGGUAGAGGAGCUGGCUCAUUCUUUGCUGGCAUUAUGGGGAGCUUCAAGGAUCCACAAAGACCCGAAGAAUCUGCUAGCGUGACUGUCAACGGCCAUCUAAUACCAGACCGGUUGAUCAAAAAAGCAGAAAAAAUAGCUGGACCGAUCCAACCCGGCCAUUAUUGGUAUGAUUACAGAGCUGGAUUCUGGGGUGCUAUUGGAGGGUCUUGCCUUGGCAUAAUUCCUCCGUUUAUAGAAGAGUUCAACUACCCUAUGCCAGAGCAUUGUGCAGCUGGGAACACACAAAUAUAUGUUAAUGGCAGAGAACUGAACCAAAAAGAUCUGAAUCUGCUGGUAGGCAGAGGUCUCCCGAGGGAGAUAGAUAGAUCCUACAUUGUAGAGAUAUCCGGCAGAGUCCUGGACGAGGACACUGGCGAGGAGUUGGAAAGCCUCGGAAAACUUGCUCCAACCAUGGAGAGGGUGAAGCGCGGAUUUGGCAUGAAAAUUCCACAGGCCGUUGCAUGAUCGGGACUCAUCAAAUGCUCGAUCGCCUCUGGUACAGACUACCAUUGUCUUUUUUUUCACUUGUUUUGGUUGAGAAACAUGAUUCAUGCUAUGCUGCUACUGCUGUUGUUGUUUAUGUUUGAGUGAUUUGGUUCACAUGCAAGAAAUGUGUAUUUUGGCAGUCUUGCAAAAGUUUUUGAUGUUGUAUGUAAUAUCCCUUUCCCUUUUAGUUCUCACUUUGUAAAUGUGAAAGAUUAAGUUGUUGUUGUUUCCUUCUAUAAAAAAAAGAAUUGAUCAAGAGCGUGUAUUUUGAAUCAUGGGAAAAGGAACAAGCAAUUUUAUGUUGAA